GUGUUUCUCUCUGUGUAUUUUGGUGUCAUAGCAACUACUAUCAAGUAAUCUUCCAAGCUCUGGUUCUAAGAUGGCAUUAGCAAGUGGACACUGGAUCAGAAAAGAAGUGAUUGGGAACCCUCCAAAUCCUAGACACGGACAUGCAUUGGCAGUUGCAGGAAAUAUAGCAUUUAUAUUUGGAGGCUGCUCCUACUAUAAUACUUCUGAUGAUCAGCCAACAUAUUUCAAUGACUUCUACAUGUUGACAAUUACUUCCACUGAUUUGACAUGGGAGAGGAUACCACAAGAUGGACAUAUUCCUUGUCCCAGGCAAGGUCACUCGCUUUGUGUAGUAAAAAGCAAGAUAUAUUUAUUUGGAGGUUGUUCAAGCAAGAAUGCUGAUCGGUGCCUUCCAGGAGUCUACACCUUUGAUCUUGGUUCUUUAAUGUGGCAAAAAGUAACCGCUACUGGCAUUGCACCUCAGACUCUCAAACACAGUUCAGCUGUAGUUGGGGAAAACAUCUAUGUAUAUGGUGGCAAGCACUGUGGAAAAGCUGUUGAUGACCUGCAUGUGUUCAACACAGUGUCCCAAAGCUGGAUGCCAGUCAAAACCUCUGGUUCCGCCCCUGGUGCCAGGUCAGGCCACGCUUUUGCAACAAUUGGAGACAUCAUCUAUAUGUUUGGAGGUUGUUCGGAUGAAGAUGAAUAUUGUACUGAUGUGUUUGCACUGGACACAGUAUCAUUAAUGUGGCAAAAGUGUAACAUCAAGGGAGAAAAGCCUAUUGGAAGGGCACAUCAUACAUUUACAGCACAUCAUGAUAAGGACAUUUAUUUGUUUGGAGGAACUUCCAAGUCCAAAGAUGGGAGUAAGAUCCCAAAGAAUGAUAUUAUGAAAUUAAGUUUAGCACGGAUGAAAUGGAAGAUGCCACUUUAUGUAGGAAUCCCCCCUGCCUGCAGACAGAAACAUAUAGCAUUUAUCCUUCAUAGCCAUCUUUAUAUCUUUGGUGGAAUAAAUGAAAAAGAAUUCAAUGAUCUAAUGGGAAUGAAACUGAUAAAUCCUUCUGACAGACAACCUAUUAUGAAGGGGAUUCUUUCAGAACUGGGAAUCCAGGGAAUAAGCAGCAGGUUUAUUCCCACUAAAAUCCCCAAAGUGAAAUAUGAAUUGACAGAGUCUCCUUUGCUGACUGGAUCAGUUUCUCCUCCACCUCCUGUUCUAACACCUCAGCUCCAAGAUUUUCAUUCUGUGCGUAACCAAGCAGUGGACAUGAUUUCAGGAGCCUUUGAUUUGCUGGAUUCCGAGUUUCAAAAGCUCGACUUUGCAAAAGCUGAACUGGUCCAGGCGACAUUGGCUUUCCAAGAUGAAAAAGAGCAGUACAACAAACACUUUAAAAAUCAACAGAAGGAUCUACAAGAGAUGCUAGAAAAACACAAAACUCAGAAUGAAGCGUGGCUCAAAGCCAGAGCAGAAGAGAAUGACAAGGAAAGAAAAGAGCUCUACAAACUGAGGGAAGAGAUUCUCCAUGAUUAUGAAAGAUUGACAGAUGAACAGCAAAGUAUUCAGCAGCGCAAUCAGCAACUCUUUUCUAUAAUGCAACAGUUCAAAGGGAUGUGAACAGUUUGCUGAAAAAAGCCAGGUCACAUGCUCUAGAUCAUAGCAACAACACAGCACCAUUUGAAAAACUGAGCUCUUAUGACUGGUGUAAAAAAGAUCCAGCUACCAUACAAACUGAAGUUUGGUCUCGCCAAGUUUCCAUUCAGCCCUAAGAUGAAAUUCUCACUCACUUUUGAAAACUUAAGUUCUUGAUUCAGUAUUUUUUUAUAUAUAUUUUGGAGAGAUAUCAAGCACUUGUCUGUAAUUACAUGACAUGUUUAAAAUGGUCAGAAUGAACAUAAUGCUGUAUUCAUACACUUAGUAAAUUGUUCUUGUUAAAAAAGAUUAACAGCUCUGUGAAGCUGGA